UACGGUCUGGUCCUGAAGUCCAGAUGUCAGGGGAGAGCUCAUUCAGCCCCGGCUUACACAACCUGUGUGGAAGCAAAAUGUGACUAUAGGCAGGACUCGGUCUGGAUUGUUUUAUUCCACAGACCGGGGUAUCAGUACGUGGGUGGUUGAUGUUGGCAGUGACUUUCGCGACCAGCCCUUCACCUGAGAGAGGGAGCAAGAGAAGCUGAUGGGGGAGAGCUAGAAACAAGGACCCCCUAAACUGGAGUAAAGAAGUGGCUUCCUCAUGUCUGUGCUCCUGUUUUGUCUAAGGGUUCCCGAUUUUCACACCCGCGGUGAUCUCCCGGCUGGAGCGAGGGGAGGAGGCCUGGGUCCUGGAGCUGCCAACCUCUGAGGAACACACGAUCCCCAGGGCCGCCCUAAGAGGUGACGGGCCGGCGAGUGGGAACGUGGAGGAGAAGGCCCAGCAGGCAGGGCUGGAGCGAGUGGAGCCCCGCGGGGCGGUUUCGGGCAGAUCCCCCGGGAACGGUUCCCAGAGUCCUGCCCUGGGAAAGGCCUGGGAGAGUCAGAGCCGGCCAGAGCAGGGAAACCCCCCGGAGGAGAGACGGGGCAAAUCUACUGAGCUGGGGGGAGAUGCCACGGCCCCCCGUGAACCAGAAAUCCAGCCAGGAGCCCCCGCGGGAGAGAAAGAAACCACGUGCGCCGAGUGUGGGAAGAGCUUCAGCGCCCGCUUGGCCCUGACCAUCUACCGGCGAAGACACACGGGGGAGCGCCCCUACCCCUGCCCCGAGUGCAGCCGAGGCUUUGUGGUGAGCUCGGCGCUCGUCACGCGCCGCAGGGCGCCCACGGGCGAGCGGCCCCACCGGUGCCCCGUGUGCCGGAAAUGCUUCAAGCAGCGGUCGGACGUGGUGACGCACCAGCGGGCCCGCACGCGGGACCGGCCCUACGCCUGCCCCAACUGCCCAAGCGCUUCCGCAACGGCUCAGCCCUGGCCACCCACCGGCGGCUCCACACCGGGGAGCGGCCCUACACCUGCCGCGUCUGCGGGAAGGGCUUCCUGGAGAGCUCGGCCGUGGCCACCCACCAGGGCACCCACACCGGCGAGCGUCCCCACCGCUGCCCCGACUGCGGGAAGGGCUUCGUGCAGAGGUCGGCCCUGGUGUCGCACCAGGGCACCCACCUGGAGGACAAGCUGCACAAGUGUCCAGCCUGCGGGAAGGGCUUCAGCGCCAGGCCGGCCCUCGUUGCCCACCAGCGGGCCCACGCGGGGGAGAGCACGGAGCCGGCGACGCCCCGGGGGCCCCAUCGGCCCUACCAGUGUCCCGAGUGCGAGAAGAGCUUCACCCGCAGCUCCCACCUGGUGGCCCACCGCCGGCUGCACGCGGGCGAGCGCCCCUUCUGGUGCCCGCGCUGCCUGAAGGAGUUCAGCGAGAGCUCCAGCCUGGCACGGCACCCGUGCGUCCACACGGGCGAGCGGCCCUACCCCGAGUUCAGCGAGAGCUCCAGCCUGGCACGGCACCCGUGCGUCCACACGGGCGAGCGGCCCUACCCCUGCCCCGACUGCGGGAAGAGCGUCAGCCGCAGCUCCCACAUCGCCACCCAUCGCUGGGUGCACACGGGCGAGCGGCCCUACCCCUGCCCGGUCUGCGGAGCCAGCUUCAGCUGCAGCUCGACCCUCACCAAGCACCAGCGGACCCAUGCCCAGCAGGCCAGGCCCGCGGCCAGCCUGGCAACGGCUGUCCCGCCCGCCCAGGACACCCAGUGA